CUCGUUUACUGUAACCUGUUAGGAUGAUUCUCCCCAACGUAAGAGUGCUUGCUGUGGUGUGCUGGAUGAUGUAUGUAAGACUCACAGUGUCUCGGGUCUCUAUUCCAACCCCUAAACUCUGGUUCUUCUCCAAUUUGAAUGAAAGUAAUAUUCAGCUGUACACUAAAGUAAGCCUUGGUUGUCCCGCCCCUUCCGGUGCUCCAUAUCCUAUAACUGUGUCUAUAGGCAAGAUUGAAAGCCCUUCACAAACCCCAGCGACCACAGAACCAUUUGUGACCUCUGAGGUCAUCACAUAUCCGGAUAAAUAUCUGUAUUUCAAUAUCAUUGCCCAGCACAGCCAAGAGGGGACUUUAGUGUGCUGGUACAAAUCCACUCGCACUGGAGAAAUAUCUGAAUUCAGUAACAAUGUUACAUUGGUCAUAUCAUCCCUCCCUCCUCCCAAACUGACUUUGGAGCCCAAUCUUUUUCGUGUGGGUGGGAAUUACACAGUGUUCUGUGAUUCAACUGCUGGCCCAGCAACUAACUUCUCAAUGAGUCUGUUUUACCGCCCCCUCCCUGUUGCCACUGGCAACAGCUUGACCCUCAUUGGUACAGUGAAUGUAACAGGUGUGAACCAUUAUAUCUUUUCUACAGUGAGGUAUGCAGUCAACCGAGUAGAGUAUGUCUGCACUAUGGAGAUGUUGUACCAUGGAAGGCACUUAUAUUCACCUAUGUCCAAUUUUGAGGCAGCCAUCCCAGAAGAGCUUCCAAUUCGGCUCUUGACAAAUGAUCAUGAAGCAAGCUGUCUAGGAAAUCUGGAUAUCAACCUCAGAGACAAAUGGGUACCUGUUUGUCAGAAGGAAAUCAAUACAGCAAACGCUUCAUCCACCGCUGCUGCUACGGCUGAAGUGGUGUGCAGGGAACUGGGAUGUGGGCAUGCGCUGGGCUGGAAGAGGGUUCAGGAUAACAGACUUCUGAGCACACACACAACUGGGGGGAUCAAUUGCAGUGGGAGCGAAAGAAAGACCAGAGAUUGCCCAAUGGAUGACGUUCAGUUCUGCAAACAGAUAAACACUCUCUCCAUACUUUGCUCAGAUGUAUUGCCACCACCUAAACUCUCAGUGGUUACGUAUGACCGUGUCUCCAAGUUGUAUGUCACUGACAAACAAUCUGUGGAAAUCUCCUGUUACUUCGACUCAACUUUUUUGAAAUCAGGAGACACUGGGAGACUUCUCUUGAGACGCAGUGGCAUUGUUGAGAGAAGCACUUACAUGACUCCAGGAAUGACAGUGUCUCUAACACAGUACGCCCCAGUGCCUGAAGGAAAGUAUGAGUGUUUAUUCAAACUUGAUGCAGGAACAGAAAGCAUCUCUCCACCCAGCAAUUCAGUUUUCAUUUACAUAUACAAUCCUCCGGAUCCAGUGCCAAUUGUUGCUGGUGUUCUCACAACUGCAGUGGGGGUAGCAAUUAUGAUGUAUGUUUGUGUAUACAAAACCAGCUCAGAGAUGGAGGUCAAUACAACUCCAACACAUUUUCAAGGCCCAGAGGCAACACAGAUUGACACAAAGCCAGAAAGUAGUGUCAACUACUUACCUCAGCAUAUGUAGCCCAGAGGAAUUUAAUUUCUGGUUUACAAUCUUUGAAACUUUAGCAUGGCAUGCAAAUAUAUUAUAACAACAACCUUAUAUAUUAAAUACUAUGAUGUGAAGGUAAAACUAUUUUUACAAUAGAAUUCAAGAGGUUCAAGAGAAUAUUUGCACAUAAGAAUUUUGCUUCAUACGGAAAAUGUUUUUCAAAACAAGACUAAGUUUAUGUAGAUUUUAAGGUAGGUAAAACUGCAUCUUGAAUUAAUUUUUUAAAACGUACUUUUGUUAUAAAGGAAUUAAUAUGUAUUUAAUCUAUAAUGGUUGUAGCAAGGGAAGUCUGCCUUACAAGUUGCUCAACAUGCAUGAUGGUACUGAAUUAUUGGAAAAGAUAUUGUCUUGUAUCAUUAUCAACCAGUUUAACU